AUGGACCGCAAAUCAGACAACGACGGUGGCACGUCCGAUUUCGAAAUGCCUUUGUUCGACUUGGAGUCACAGCGGUUAGAGUUCGACACAAGCUCGGAAACGGAUUCUUCCAGCGUUUUUGACUGUAACCUAGACGAGAGUUUCCAGCAGAUAAAGAACGACCUGGAACGGCUCCACCGAUCAACCCCGAAAAAGACGAGUUUUUACCGAACCCCGACGGCUUGCCCCGACGAAUCAUCCACUGUCGUCGAUGACGAGUUUCCCGAAAUCGAUAUCGAUCAGAGAUUUGACGUCAUGAAAGACAGGGUUAGAAAUUACCGAUCUAAAGAGACGGAAACGUUGAGGAGAUGCAUCAUCGAAAUUAAUAACACUAUAGCUUGCGUAAUAGACAACGAAGGUAUGGUCAAAAAGUGCGAACGUUUGGAACUGGAUAUCUCGAAACAGGAGAAAAUUCAAUUGCUUAAGACCGACAUAGCCGCAAUCAAAAGUCGCCUGAUGUCGUUUAUGCGUAUUGAACGACUGGACAGCAACAUACAAAACAAAAACGAACUCCAAGCCUUAAUCCACACUGCUAAGACUGAAUUAUCAAGUUUGGAUACCUAUUGGAAUAGUCGCAACAUAGUGAGCAUCACCGAAGAGUUAAACAGACACUUCAACGAGUUGAACAAUUCAAAUACUGUUUUGAAUCAUAUGAAUAAAGAAAUUGCAGAUCUAUAUUCUAUUUAUACUAAUACUAGACAGAGAUUAGAAAGUGAGAUAUUAAGAUACCAGAAUGCAUUGAUCACAUGGGCCGAAUGUGACAAACAGCUAAUGGAGCUUGAGAUGAAAUUUAAAGGUUUUGGUGACAAUGGUAUUGUUUGCGGAAAUCAGAAGUCUGGAUGUUUUGGAUCAGCUUCUGACAGUGGCAUGUCAGAUUCAGGUUCAGAGCAUGAACUUAAUGAACAUGAAAAACGAUUGGUUAACCUAAAACAAUUAGCUAACAAUUUGAUGACUAUUAUGACUCCUGGCAGUGAAGCACUAUCAUCAAUACUAGCUAGAAUAGAGAAUAAUGAAAAACAAUUGAAAGAGCUACAGCAGACCUGCAAAGACCUCAUAGGAAGAUCAGAGCUUUGCAUUGAUGAUGACAAAUUGGAUAACUGUGAUAGCCUCGUUAAUACUGAUAUUGUCGACGCGGACGUAGCGGCGGAGGAACCUAUCGCUGAAACGCCUGUCAACAGCAACGCACGUUUCAGGCGCAUGAGCUGGAUCGCCGGCACGUUCUACUUGAUCGUCAUGAUCCUGUGGUCGGUCGACUGGCUGGAACCUCAGUGCUGUGACCUGCAGAACAACUACAAGUGGUCGUUCGCGCUGGGUCUCCGCUACAUAAACGGACCGCCGCCGACGUGA